CGCGGCCCAGCAGGCUCAGCAGCCCCGGGGCGGAUGGCUCGGGCCGCCCGGCUCCGUGGCGCGGCCCCGCGCGCUCUCCUGCUCCCGCUGCUGCUGUUGUUGCUCCCGCCGCCGCAGCUGCUGGCCCGAGCCCCGCGGCCCCUGGAUGCACCCCGCCGCCACGUGAGGAGGGGGCCACAGUCCUGGCAUGAAGCUGCUCCCAGCAGCCUGGCACCUGCCUCUACCGUCCAGGAGACUCUCCAGCCAGCAAGCAGCCCCAGACCUCCCCGCUGCGGUGUGCCUGACCCACCCGAUGGGUUGAGUGCCCGCAACCGACAAAAGCGGUUUGUGCUGUCAGGCGGGCGCUGGGAGAAAACAGACCUCACCUACAGGAUCCUCCGGUUCCCCUGGCAGCUGGUACGGGAGCAGGUGCGGCAGACGGUGGCAGAGGCCCUACAAGUGUGGAGCGAGGUGACGCCACUUACCUUCACCGAGGUCCAUGAGGGCCAUGCUGACAUCAUGAUUGAUUUUACCAGGUACUGGCAUGGAGACAACCUGCCAUUUGAUGGACCUGGGGGCAUCCUGGCUCAUGCCUUUUUCCCCAAGACUCACCGAGAAGGAGAUGUCCACUUUGACUAUGACGAGACCUGGACUAUCGGGAACAACCAGGGCACAGACCUUCUGCAGGUGGCAGCCCAUGAAUUUGGCCAUGUGCUGGGGCUGCAGCACACGACGGCUGCUAAGGCACUUAUGUCCCCUUUCUACACAUUCCGCUACCCAUUGAGUCUUAGCCCGGAUGACCGCAGGGGCAUCCAGCACCUCUACGGCCAACCCCGGCCAGCCCCCACCUCUAGGCCCCCGGCUGUGGGCCCUCAGGCUGGGGUGGAUGACAACGAGAUUGCCCCGCUGGAGCCGGAAGUGCCACCAGAUGCCUGCGAGAUCACCUUUGAUGCAGUCUCCACCAUCCGUGGUGAGCUCUUCUUCUUCAAAGUGGGCUUUGUGUGGCGGCUGCGUGGGGGCCGGCUGCAGCCUGGCUACCCUGCACUGGCUUCUCGUCACUGGCAGGGACUGCCCAGCCCUGUGGAUGCAGCCUUUGAAGAUGCCCAGGGCCACAUCUGGUUCUUCCAAGGCACUCAGUACUGGGUAUACAAUGGUGAGAAGCCAGUCCUGGGCCCUUCACCCCUCUCUGAGCUGGGGCUGCUGGGGCCCCCCAUCCAGGCUGCCUUGGCCUGGGGCCCUGAGAAGAACAAGAUCUACUUCUUCCGAGAUGGAGACUACUGGCGCUUCCACCUUAGCACCCGCCGUGUGGACAACCCCGUGCCCCGCCGGGUGACUGACUGGCGAGGAGUGCCCUCUGAGAUUGACGCCGCCUUCCAGGAUGCUGAUGGCUAUGCCUACUUUCUGCGAGGUCGCCUCUAUUGGAAGUUCGACCCUGUGAAGGUGAAGGCCCUGGAGGGCUUUCCCCGCCUCGUGGGCCCUGACUUCUUCGGCUGUACCGAGCCUGCCAACACUUUCCGCUGACUUGGAUGCCCUCAGCGCUCCUGACUCCUGCCAGGCCACUGAUAUUGGAUAGAGACCAGUGUCCAUCCUUGUGGCUGUGGGUACCAGGCACAGGAUGGAGCCUGUGUUUCCUCAGGAGGGUGGGGAGGGGCUGCUGUCACCUUGACAACUGCAGGGAGGGCCACGCAGGUCGUGGUCACCUGCCAGCAACUGCUUUGGACUAGGCGAGGAGACUCUGGCAUUACUUGAGGGUGAGGGUGGUCUCAGGCCAGCCCUACCCAACCUGUGCAGGUCACAGUCAAAGCCUCCUGCCCUCAGUUUCUAUACUUAUCCCUCAGGGUAGCACCUCAGCAGGAUUGGGGGAGCUGAAGCCCUCAUUCCCUCCCUGCUGUGAGGUUCCUGCAGGGUGCUGGCAUAGGGGGGCCAGGGGCACCACUGCCUUCUACCUUUUCUUGAGAGGUCAGCUCUGGGCAGGUGCUUGGAUCUGGCUGCUUUCUAGUUGGUGAUCCUAGGGAUAUGUUCCCCAGGAUCCAGGCCAAAAGUUCCAGAGUCAGCUGGGGAUGGGAGUGCUUCCUGCUGGAGACCCGGGCCCUUGAAGCCUCAACAUACCUCAAUCCUGUCUUGGGCUAGAUCCUUCCCAGCCCUCAUCCCAGCACUGGGAUCCUCCAAAAUCAUGUAAAUGUGUGUACAGUGUGUACAAAGCCUUUUUUUUUUUUUCUACUGAGUACUGUCAUUAAAUAUGGUUAUUUUCUA